GAUUCCGACCUCGUGCCAAAAGUAAGUAGGAAAAUACGAAACCUGCGUGACUAGUCUACAAAACAUACCCGCCACACCCGCGCCGGCGCCGCGGCUCCAUUGGCCGGCAUUUGUCGAGAAGCAAGAUGGCACUACGCUCGCAACUCCUGCGCAUCGCAUACAAUGGACAACAAGCUCGCUGCUUGCACGAAUUGAAAUCCAAAGAGAGAGCCGGUGUCGAGAAUCUUCGAGAAGUGUUGGAAGACCGGCUGAAGGAAAUAAAGAGAGCCAAAACUUGGAAACAUGAACGCAUCAUCACAUCGCCGCAGGAUAGAAAGGUGACGGUCAAGGGAGCUGAUGGCGAAUUUUUGAAUUUCUGUGCAAAUAAUUACUUAGGAUUAUCGAAUCACCCUGAAGUCGUUAAUGCAGCACAAGAUAGUGUGAAAAAAUACGGGGCUGGUCUCAGCUCGGUUCGAUUUAUAUGCGGUACACAAAGUAUUCAUAAGGAAUUAGAAGACCGUCUCUCCAAAUUCCACAGACGGGAAGAUACAAUUCUGUACGGGUCAUGUUUCGACGCAAAUGCCGGUCUUUUCGAAUCGAUGUUGACUCCAGAAGACGCUGUGUUUUCAGAUGCAUUGAACCAUGCUUCCAUUAUUGACGGAAUACGGCUGUGUAAGGCGCAGAAAUUCAGAUAUCCACAUAGAGAUUUAAGUGAACUUGAACACCUCUUGGCUCAUAGUGAAGCUCGAAUCAAGUUAAUAGUAACUGAUGGGGUGUUUUCUAUGGACGGCACAGUUGCACCCAUUAAUGGUUUGAGAGAUCUGGCUGAUAAAUACAGAGCCCUGCUUGCUGUAGAUGACAGCCAUGCCACUGGCUUCUUUGGAAAGACGGGAAGAGGAACAGAAGAAUACUGCGGCCUCAUGGGAGCAGCGGAUAUAAUCUGUUCGACUCUCGGGAAGGCAGUGAGCGGCGCCGCGGGCGGGUACACCACCGGUCCCAAGGAACUCGUCACUUUACUACGAAAUGUGUCUAGGCCAUAUUUGUUCUCCAAUGCCCCACCGCCACCCGUUGUUGGCGCUUCUUUGAAGGCACUGGAUCUAGUCGAACACAGCGCCGAGCUGCGAGAGCGGUUGCAUACAAACACCAAACUGUUCCGCGAAGGGAUGAAGCAAGCUGGCCUGACUGUGGCGGGGGACGGGCAUCCUAUUUGCCCUGUGAUGGUGGGAGAGGCACCACUUGCUGUGGAGUUAGCUUCCGGAAUGCUAUUAAAGGGAAUCUAUGUGGUAGCAUUCAGUUACCCCGUAGUACCGAAAGGCCAAGCGCGAGUGCGUGUUCAAAUUAGCGCAGCGCACACCACAGAUGACGUAAAAAAAGCUGUCAACGCGUUUGAAGAGGUCGCUAAAAAAAUUGGACUUAUCAAAAAAUAGACUUAACUCCUAUAAGACUGCUGAACGAAACUGAUCUUUAUUUUGUAUAGAAUACAUAUAUAUUUUCUGUAAAUGCAUUUGAAACAUUCCUGUUAUGUACUUAUUGCGAUGUAAAUACAUACAUUUUUUAUCUGUUUUA